AUCGGGGGUUUUCACACACACACAGCGACGUACGGCACGACAACAAGACCCAGAAAGGCCUCCCGUCGAGGGUCGGAGGUUGACGCCGACACCGGGCUCGGACUAGAAGCAACUGCUUGGGUUAUUAACCUGCUUGAGCUGUUUCUUUAGACUUCUGAGAAGGCUUGGCUUGUCUUUUCAUGGACUGAAGGCAAUCGUCUCGGCGCGAAGGGCGGCAGCUCAAGCCGCACAUACCGACCAUCAGGCACCAACUGGCUGCUUGCGUGUCCGAGAAUGUCGCGGCUGCCGCGCACCAUCACACUCGAGCCUGCCAAGCAAGGGCUGCAGUUUAGCAUUCGCGGUGGCGCCGAACAUGGGUUGCCCAUCAUCAUCUCCAACGUCGACGUGGGCAGUGAGGCUGCACGCUUGGGCCUGCGCAUAGGCUGCGAAAUCCUUUCCGUCAACGGCGUUUCCUUUCGAAAUAUCGAGCACAGCGUCGCCGUUGCCCAACUCACAACAGAACCCACGCUUCGCAUCACCUUUCGAUCCAAUCCUCUCAUUGAACGUGCUUUCACAGGUCAAGGCCCGGAUUGUGAACCCGAUCUUGCUGUGGACGCACUGAUUCCACCGCUAACUGCCUUGCCACAUCCUCACUCUGAAUCCUCGGUGAGCGUACAAGAGCAACCCGGGCCAGAGGAUGACGCAGCUAUCCGUUCCACCGUUAUUCAGCCCACGCACAUGGCUUUGCCCCCUGCUGCCGCUGCAUUGGGUACGGAGAGUGUGCACCUCGAUUUGCACGGUGGCCAUGACGGAGAUGACGCCUUUGAUACAUCAGGGGCUGGUUCCUUUGUCGAGAUUGACGAACCUAGCGACGCAGAAACCUUGUCAUUGGCGAGCCUCUCCUCCUACGCCAGCACUGCUGCCACAGGCUGGUUUGCUGCCAAUAAGCAAAACCAGUCGAGCGACGGCAUCGAAGAGCGCCUCCGAUCCCUCUUUCGCACACCCACGCGCCGUGCCUCUGAAGUUAUCGUGCCCGCACACCCAGGCAGCCCCCGAACACCCGCGAUAACACCACCCCGAUUUUCUUUUCCCGCCCAAACCCCACACCCGUCUGGCAACAGCUCUGCGGCCACAAAGACAGAUAAACCGGCCUUUGAUCAGCGGCGCAUGGAGGCUCGCCUCCGUAGUCUUUCUCAUCUGGCCAGCACGCCCUCAACUCGCACCCGUGAGCUUGCCCGCCGACCACAGCCGUUCACUGCUCCAAUACACACGCUGCACAAUGAAGCAGACGAUCGCGACCUGGCGCCUGGCUGGACGAGUCACGUGGAUUCGCGCACGAACAGAAUCUUUUACGCCAACGCGGCAACACGGCAGACGACCUGGAUCAAACCCGGUCGCCGGCAAGGCAUACCCAGUGAUCCGCAACUCGUAGACUGGCGAGCCUUACCACAUGGAUGGGACAUCGCGACCCACAAAAACGGAGAACCUUACUACAUAAAGUUUGUCUUAAAGCACCUGCCGAGGCUAGCCUUGCCCACCAGCACCUGCGUGGCUGCACAGCCCGCCCCAGCCUCCGUUUCACUUGAGCAACGUUUACUCGAGCAAGUGACACAACAGCUAAAUGAACACAGCCUCAAGCUCCGAGAGCAAGAGGGUGUUUUGCAAAGCCGAAGGGCCGAUGCAACAGAGAUUCAACAACGUUUGAAUCGCAUGCAAGAGCGACGAGCGGCUCUGAGCAUGACACUCGCCCAGACUGAGGGUCAAUCCGAAGUUGAGGCUCGUUUAGAAGGCCAGCUUGAAAUGCUUUCGGAGCAGAUAUCCGAUGUGAUUACCGCUCAGAAGAGCGCUGCUGAAGUUGUUGAAGCGCAGACACAAAUUGUGCGUCGGCGAAGAGAGCGCAUCGAAGCUGUGGCCGACGUUCUCAGCCAAUGUCAACAGCGCAGUGCUAAAGUGCCUGAGAUCGACCGCUCCCGCCACGCAGCUAGCACUGGCAUGCACUUGCUGCGCCGGCUCAAGGCGGAUUUCGACACGGCCGUGCAAGAAUUGGCAGCCCUUGUCGAUGCAGUUCUGGAGCAGGCUGGUGUGGCCGAACCAUUCGGUGAACAGAGCCUGAUGGAGCUCGAGCGGCAUCGCGACCGUGAAUGGCUGGUGCAUGUCGACGCAGAGCAAAACUUGCGCAGCGACCUGGAGAUGCAACUGAUUUCACUAACGGUAGAGCUUGAGCUGGCCCCCAAGUUGCGACUGGCCUUGAGUGAGUUGGAGCAGCUGCGUCGGCAGGAAAUGCUCCGCUCGAGCAUGGGGAUCCGCGCUGCCGUGCAUUUGCCGGACAAGGAGCGCGAAGUUGAUCACCUUGCUCGGCGGCUCUUGAGCUGUGUGCCCCCAUUCGAAAGCGCAGAGUGUGUGCAAAUACUCUGUGGCAGCAGUGGGCUGGCCUUUCGCAACGAAACGAGUGGAUCAGCGAUUGAAGCUUAA